GGGGCCUGCAGGAGUUUCCCCCGGAGCUGAGCGGAGAAAGUCCCAUUUGGGGGCGAAGAAGAGAGAAGGAUGGGGGGCUCCGGCGCUGCGCCUUUGGCCUUUGGGGGGCUCCUGCUGAGGAUGCUGGUGGUCUCCGCUUCGGAGGGGCUGGGCGUGGAGGCGCCUCCAGAGCAUUUCCUGUUCCAGUUGAAGGCCGAGUGCCACUUCUCCAAUGGGACGCAGCGGAUCCGCUACCUACAUAGGGAGUUUUUCGACCGUCAGGAGCUCUACUACUUCGACAGCGACCAAGGGAAGUUCAUGGCGGUGGCUGAAAUGGCGGAGUCCGAAGUCAAGAGAUGGAACCAGGACAAGAGAGACCUGCGGAGAUACAUGGCCGCCGUGGAUGUCUUCUGCCAGCGCGACUACGGAAUCUACGAGCCCUUCGCCCAGGCCCGGCGUGUCCAGCCCAAGGUGAAGAUCACCCCCACAGACAAAGUUGAAUCUUCACCACACAACACUCUGCUGAUUUGCACUGUGGGCAGCUUCUUCCCUGCGGGGAUCGAGAUCAAGUGGUUCAGGAAUGGGAAGGAGGAGCCCAAAGUGUGGAGCACGGACCUCAUCAGGAAUGGGAACUGGACCUUCCAUAUUGAGGUGAUGCUGGAGACAACGCCAGAACGUGGAGACGUCUACACCUGCCAGGUGGAGCACGCCAGCUUCGAAGGCCCCAUCACAGUGCAGUGGGAGCCACAGUCGGACUCUGCCAGGAGCAAGAUGUGGACAGGGAUUGUGGGGAUUGUGCUGGGGCUGGUCUUUGGGGCCACUGGACUCGCCCUUUACCUGAAGAACAAGAAAGGACUCAUCAGUUAGACUUCGCUGCUCCAUCAGGAUCCUGGGAUGUGGAGAAGCUCUGUUCUUCCUGCCAGUUGCCCUCUGUCCAUGCUCAGAGGGUGGAAACCUCCUUGGAAGGUGGAUGGAAGGAGUCACAGAUCAAGAAGGACAGUGUCCACCCCUCCCCCACCUCUGUUGCUUGCUUGUCAUUUGGGGAAAGUUUCUUUUUGUGUUUCCCUUUCCGCUUGUGGAUUGCAAGUUAUCUCAACCUGA